AUGCUGAAUACGGUAGAACCAAGCAGCAACGGCUUCAAGAGACUCCUUACUCUCCGCCUCAACACCACCAUAGGCCCUGUCAUCUUCGUCACCGUGUAUGCUCCGACACUCUAUGCCACACCGGACACCAAGGACGAGUUUUAUGAGAAACUAGCAAUCACUAUCAGCCAUAUCCGCAGAAAGGAACAACUUGUUCUCCUGAGCGCCAGAUUUGGCGUCGGCAAGGUGAAUGACAACGGCCAGAGACUGCUCGAGCUAUGCACUUACCACAACUUUUGCAUGGCCAACUACUUCUUCGGGACCAAGCCCCAGCACAAGGUCUCCUGGAGACAUCCACGCUCAAAGCACUGGCACCGGUUGGAUCUCAUAUUGGUCAGACGAGCCACCAAUAAACACGUCCAUCACCCACGUUCUUACCACAGCGCGGACUGCGAUACAGACCACUCCUUUGUGUGCUACAAGAUCAAGCAUCAACCAAAGAGGUAUCAUCGUGACAAGAAGCAGGGGCAUCCUUGA